AUGAUAAAUCGUCAUGGCUGCCGAUAUAUAUCGUCUCUUCGAGCGGCGAGAUUGAGGACGCCAAAAGCUCAAGCGGAACAAAGCAAGCAAUAUCCCCAGGCAUUUCCCAUCCCUUCGGUUUUCAAGCAAAAGCACAAUCAGCAGAAACAACCCAAGCCUAUACGCGAUUUUGCCCCUGAAACUCGGCCAGCAGCGUACUCACCUUUCUCUGAAAAGACUCUCAGUGUUUUACUGGGUGAAGCCGAUGAGCCUGACGAAUCUCAGUCUAAAUAUCGCGAGAUCAGUGCGUCGUCAGAACUCAAGCCCAGCUCGAGGCUCGAACUUAGGAGCUCUGUUGAGCUUUCACUCAGCGAGAAGGUACCAACUGCGUUUGGUCUACCGACUGAGAAACAUAUUGUAGACGCGAACCCAACCGACUUCUUCUCUUUCUUGCCCGCCUACCUUGCUCGAGAUGACCUCAAAAGUGAUCAAAUCAGACUUUUGUGGUCCGCUGUUCGAGAUAUCUUGCCACCAGAUCCGUUGAAUCCUUCCGUCCUGGGCCCCAAAGGCAAUUUCACGCAUCGACGGUGGCACAAAUUCCGUGAUAAUACAACGCCAGAUCUCGCCACCAACCUCAUUACCAAUCGACCUGCCGAAAUCUGGCCCUAUCGCCUAUGGUCAUCCGGCGCUAUUACUCAACACGAGAACAUUUCUCCCCUUAUGGACCACAAAACCAGAGCCACUCAGCAUAUGAUCGAGCGACCCACUGGCUUGCGAGUCGAAGGCACCGGUAAGGACCAGAAGUCAUACGUUACCAUUGGCAAAUCCCUCUUUGCUUACGAUCGAAGAAUCAAUUACGACAAGGAUUACACUGUCGACAAUGUGUUAGAACUGUUCAAGCCAGUACCUACUGACCCCGAAGGAAAAGGGACCUGGCUGGAGGAGCAAUACACCCUUUGUUUCCUACGAACCAAGCCCAAAUUCCUGGGUGACCCUCCACGGCUCAUUAAACCACCGACGUCAGCUAAGUUUUCACACACACUGAUCCCAAGUCGGCACUUGCUCUUUUGCUGGAGUGCAGCUACAAACAAUGCUCACCUCAUACAUCUUGAUCCAGGCUAUGCGCGCCGACAGUAUGGUGCUCGCAACCUCAUCGUUCACGGCCCUCUGACCGUCUUCCUGAUGCUAGAAUGGUUCACCCGUACCCUUACUCGCUACGCGAUGGACAGACUGCCGGAUUUCCAGGUCAAGUCGAUCGAGUACAGAAAUUUGCAGGUUCUCUAUGUCGACGCACCGAUGACCUUGUGUGCUAAGCCUACUGAGUUUCCAGAACCAGGGUCUGUGGCGCCUCGAUGGGAUGUCUGGAUUGAGAAGAAAUCCGAUGAUGGCGCGAUGACUAUAGCAUUCAAGGGUCAGAUAGUGGUUCGAGCUUUUACGGAAACUUCUGCCCAGGGCGGAGAAGAAUUCCAGUCACCGUUCUUCGGACUCCCUUCUUAA